CGACAACAGACCUUUACAAUCGCAAAACUACUUCAGUAUCCUGACCUGCCGCCAACUGCCAUGUCUGUCGGAUUCGGCUUCUCUACAGGCGAUUUUAUCGCAGCCGUCGAGCUUGUAUCCACAGUAGUUGGUGCUUUGCGCGAAAGCGGGAACUCCUCGACCGAGUACCAGACUCUUAUAUCACAGCUUUAUACGCUUGAGACUGCUCUCCUCCGUGUAAAACGACUCGAACUAGAUGAUAUGCAGCACUCAGAGGUUAUCGCAUUGCGGCAGGCAGCGUCACAGUGCCAGAGGACAAUAGAUGGAUUUUUGGAGAAGAUAACGAAGUAUCAGCCGAGUUUAAGGGCAGGAGGAAGUGGUAGGACAAUCAAGGAUGCAUGGAGGAAGGUCAAAUGGGCGUUAUGCCAGAAGGAGGACUUAGUAAGAUUCAAGACUGAUUUGAUGGCUCAUACCGAGAGUAUCGAAAUGCUAUUAAUGGCAGUGCAAAUGGGUGCGACGAGAAUCAGUAGCACGAGGAAUGAAGGUAACCAUCGCACGUUAAUAGGCAAGGUACAGGACUUGCAUUCUGGGUGCAUGCAGAGAUUAUCUCUCGUUCUAGAGCAUGUUUCGAGUGGCUUACGGCAGGGGAGAGAGUUACUAGAGAUGACAUCAGAAACCCUGAGAACCAACGUGCGGAUCUUCCAGGUCGUCCUUAAUAUCCAGAGCAUUGUUACUAGAAUACCCGGGCAGAUUGAGCGUCAGCAGCCAGUGUAUUUAAUUGACGCUUUAGGAAGGGAAAUGCCAUUUUUCCUAGAAUUCAUCACAUCAGUAGAGUCUUUUACCUAUGUUCUCCAAGACAAUUUUAAGAACAUCGGAACAGGCGCAGCAAAAAUCGGAAGGGGCGAAUUCGCCAUUGCAGAUGUAGCAUCAAAUAGAGAUGUGAAUCUUGGCUCGGCUUGGGAAACGUGCUUCUAUCCUGGACAGUAUGUGGCAAUGAGCCUGGUUUUCGAUUCUACCUACCGCUCGACUUGGUAUUGUCCAAAAUGCCGCGAACCCCUAAAAGGCGAUUCUGCAACGGACAAGGACAUUGAAUGUCACAAGUGCAAAAUGAUUUAUAGACACUCUUUUGUCUCUAAUAUAUCGCCUAAACCUUUAUCUAGCUUUUCGACGACGGAUCACACCCUCUCUUCCGGCGAAGUCGAGCGGGAGCAAAUAGGGCCAACUGGGCUGAAGAGGACGAGAACUAUCGACGACGGCGAUGAAGAAAUGGCUUUAUUUCGCCGUGUUCGUAUUAAAACUUCGAUUACACCCCCCUCCAAGGACUUUCGUAACACCGAUCCGAAUCCCACGAGUAGCUAUUGGAGUCUGCAGGAGCAGAGCAUUUUCCCUGCUUUAUUGCGGCACUUUGGAACAGAUUGGAGCGAGAUAGCAACGUUUAUGACUAACAAGACGGAAACCCAGGUGAAGACUUAUUACCACCGAGUAGUAGCAUAUGGAGACAAUUCGACAUUGCUAAGGAUGUCGACGGGAAGCGAGAGCGGGGAGAGCCAACCGGCCCAGCGGUAACGAAGAAACGUUCUAACUAAAUCCUCUGUUUCGAGCAUCCCACCUAAGACAUCAAUAUGCCGACUAAGAGAUCAAGCUUCGCACCCAGUUUCAUCUUAACGACACCAUUUAACGGCAUUUUAACGAUUUCAUAAUAGUCUAUGUGUGAGAUAGGACCUCAUUUUUUCUUUUUCGUAAAUUCUAUCAAUCUACCAUGAGGAACUUAAUUAGUGGGCUGGUGGCUAUGAAACUCUGACAAACGUGGUGAAUAUAGGGGGCUGCUAAUAAUCUCAUUUUAUAAGACUGUCUAUCACAAUAAAUAUAUG